CAACUCCUCUCGCAAAGCGCGUCGUGGACUCCUUCGUUGGAGAUCGGCUGCGAAUGAGAAGAAUACAUGGGGUAUGUCGGAGUGUCGUGAAAGCAACAAACUGGUGAUAUUGCUGUCAUCAUGGAGGCUGAUUGGGACGAAGUUGCCAUCAUCCAAUUGCCCCCUUCAGCAGCCCACCACCCGGCCACACAGGUAGCGACGUUUGCCUUUGACACGUCGGAAGAGCUGCUCUGGACCGGCAACGAGUAUGGCCGGGUAACGUCGUUCUAUGGCGCGCAUCUCGAGCGCUAUACAUCCUACCGCGCCCAUGCUCCUUCCGAAGGCUCAGUGAAGCAGUUCCUCUUCACAGAAAAAGGCAUCGUCUCCAUCUCGAAGCAAAGCGUACAUUUUUCCUUACGACGCGGCUUGGCACAAUGGCAUUUGACGAGCAACGAUUUCAAGGAUCUGAAAUGCAUGAACUUCACCUCAAAGGGGACGCGGGAGAUCUUAGUGGCGGGAUGUCAAGAUCAGAUGUUCAAAAUCGACGUAGACAAAGGAACCAUCACCGACACGCUCACCGCCGAGGCCCAGUACACCAUCAUGAAGCGGGCCGGCCAGUACCUUUGCGCCGCUACAAUGACCGGCGGCAUACAUAUACUUGACUCUGGGACACUUGCCGUUAUCAAGAUGUUUGACGGCCACACGGGUAGGAUCAGCGAUAUGGACGCCAAAGGUGACUUCCUUGCGACUUGCGGCUGGUCUCCCAGACAGCAAUAUGGCUUCAUGCUCGACCCCUUCACCAAUGUCUUCUCGCUGAAGACUCUAAAGCAACUGCCCCCAAUUCCGUUUCACACAGGCGCAGCUUUUGUGCGGAUGCACCCACGCAUGUCAACGACGAGCAUAAUAACAUCGCAGAAUGGCCAAAUGCAAGUUAUCGACCUAAUGAACCCUGAUUCUGCCAACUUGCGUCAGCUAAGUCUCUACGAUUCGUAUCUGACCGGCUUUGAGAUGGCUCCCUCUGGGGAAGCAUUCGCAUUGUCUGACUCUAAUUCCCAUGUCCACUUAUGGGGAUCUAUAGCAAAAAUACAUUUCCCGGAAUACAGCAACCCGACAGAAUUUGCUGAUCCUUCUAUACCGCCUCCCUCUAUGGACUGGGCUCUUGACACACCUCUGAGCACUAUUGGCAUGCCCUACUACAAGGAGCAUCUCCUCUCUGGGUGGCCAAGCCAUAUGGUCUUCGAGGUGGGAGCUCCACCCCCAAAGAUUGACUCAGCCAUCCUCAAUACUAUGACGCGAAGCGAAAUCGGCUUUUUCGCAAAGAAUCCCCGAACGAAACGCCGAUACCAGGUCGAAGACAAGCGUCAAACUGACCGGGCGAGCGAUUCUCUUAGUGCCCCAAAAUUCCUAAGUGAAAAGGCCCGAGCGGCGCAGACGGCCAGUGAAACCGAUGCAAAGACGGCGGAAACCAUGGAGACACUGACUGACAUGCAUCUCGACGAUGUGACAAGGAAAGACGUUCCUGCCAUGUAUGGAAAUGUGGAGAUCAAGUAUAGCAAGUUUGGUGUCGAUGACUUCGACUUCGCAUACUACAACCAAACACAGUAUUCCGGAUUGGAAACACAUAUUGCCAACUCUUACGCCAACCCCCUUCUGCAGCUUUGUCGGUUUACCCCAAUGAUCCGCAAUUUGGCACUUCGGCACACUGCAUCUCCUUGCCUUUACGAAUCCUGCCUCUUAUGCGAACUCGGGUUCUUGAUCGACAUGCUCGAGAAGGCUUCAGGCCUCAAUUGCCAAGCCUCCAAUUUUUUGAAAACUUUCAGUGGGCUAUCUAACGCUGUAUCGCUAAACCUGCUCGAGGAGCAAGCGCCAAAUGUUGCGUUGACGAUUCUGAUUCAAGCCUUCAAUCGGUUCUUUCUCGAUAAGAUCUCAGAAGAGUUCCGUCGGAUGAUACCGAACCAUGGUGGCCCCUCAUUGAUGGACCAGAUCCUGGAAACGCAGACUCGGGCCACCACGAGAUGUGCGCAGUGUGCGAACGAGACUAUGAAAGGUGGCAAGACGUUCGUAAAUGAGCUCGUGUAUCCUGCGAAGCAUGUGGUCAAGAAUACCCGAGGCCCACGCCCUACCUUCUCCCAGAUUCUUAAAGCAAGUGUAGAACGGCAGGAUCAGACACGGGGUUGGUGCAAUAAAUGCAAUCGAUACCAGCAAAUGGUACAGAGAAAGACGAUACAGUCUAUCCCUCGUGUCCUCAUGAUUAACGCCGCUAUUCAGAGCCACGAAGCCAAGAUUCUUUGGUCGAUACCGAAUUGGCUUCCUCAUGAAAUCGGAAUCAUUGUUGAUCAAGGCCAAUUCUACUGUUUCGAAGGGCAAGACCUGAAGUUGCACCUCCAACGUGGCGUCUUCAACAUUAUGGUCUACGAACUCAUCGGGGUCGUAGCCGAUAUCAACAGCGGCGAGCAUCAGAAGCCUCAUCUUGUUGCCACCAUAAACACAGCACCCUCUUCUCGAGAUCCUAAUGCCGAGGAUAAGUGGCACCUCUUUAACGAUUUCCUAGUCCGUCCUAUUCCGAGGGAAGAAGCGCUCCGCUUUGAACCGAGCUGGAAGCUCCCCUCUGUCUUGACAUUUCAAUUGAAGGCAGCAAGACACCAGAUCGAUGACUCCUGGAAAGACCACCUGGACACGCAAAUCCUUUACCGGUGGUGGUCAUCUAAUCCAGAGCCACCUCCUGACGAAUUCAAACUCCUCGACCCAUCCAUCGAAGCCCCGCAACCUGGUCACGCUGUUGCCAUCGACGCCGAAUUCAUCCGCCUGCAAGCCGAAGAAAUCGAAAUGAAAGCAGACGGGACUCGCGAGACCAUCCGGCCGGACCGCAAAGGCCUGGCUCGCGUAUCCGUUUGUCGCGGCGCGGGUGAAAUGGCCGGGCUCCCCUUCAUAGACGAUUACAUAGCAGUGGCGGAGCCUGUCGUUGACUAUCUAACCGCCUGGUCUGGCAUCUCGCCCGGCGAUCUCGAUCGUAAUACCUCGCCUCACGCCCUCGUCGGGCUUAAGCACGCGUAUAAAAAACUCUGGAUCUUGCUUAAUCUAGGUUGUAUAUUUGUCGGACAUUCUCUUGCAAACGACUUCCGCACAAUUAACAUCCACGUCCCGCGAAAACAGGUUGUUGAUACUGUGGACUUGUUUUUCAAACCCUCACUGCAUCGUAAACUCAAUCUCAAGUUCCUCGCGUGGUGUGUUCUGAAGGAGAAGAUUCAGGAGGAGGAGCAUGAUUCUAUUGAAGAUGCAACAACGGCGCUGAAGCUGUGGAGGAAGUAUGAGGAGUUUGUUGAUGCCGGAGUUUUGGAGCAGAUGUUGAAUGAUAUAUAUGCUACGGGGAGGGAGGUGGGGUUCAGGGCGCCUGGGAGGGGUGGGGGUGGGGGAGAGAGGGCAGGGCAGACGACGCCCGUGAGGAAGGCUGGGGGGUUUGGAAGGGUGGGGUUUAGGAGUCCGAUGAAGUGA